GCAGCAACCAUGUCUGGUCGUGGUAAGGGUGGUAAAGGCCUUGGUAAGGGAGGCGCUAAGCGCCAUCGCAAAGUCUUGCGGGACAAUAUCCAGGGUAUUACUAAGCCAGCUAUCCGGCGUCUUGCUCGGCGUGGUGGGGUCAAACGUAUCUCCGGUCUUAUCUACGAAGAGACUCGUGGGGUGCUGAAAGUGUUUCUGGAAAAUGUGAUUCGUGACGCGGUCACCUACACGGAGCACGCCAAGCGCAAGACUGUUACCGCCAUGGACGUCGUCUACGCGCUCAAACGUCAGGGCCGUACUCUUUACGGUUUUGGUGGUUGAGCAAAAUAUCUGCUUGUAACGUUUGAGAACCUAAAGGCCCUUUUCAGGGCCGCCCAAAUAUUCGUUAAAGAGCUGUUGGACGUUACUGAGAUGUGAGUAAGGAAGUACUUUAACUGGGAAAGGGAGUUGUCUCAACGCAGUUCCGUAUCCAUACUUCCGAGGGAUUGGGAAGUGUGACUUUUUCAUAAUGGAAAUAGGGUUUUAGACUCGGCUAAACAACCAAUAAAAAUACUGGCGUUUUGUGUAUUUUAAUGUCCAGGCUUCAAACUGGUUGACUGGCGGAUUUAAUGGCACAGAGCUUCGCGUUCUCGCCCACACCAUACAUACCUAUGUAAAUAAGGGCUCUUUGGGGACAAGCUUUCAUUGGCCGAUUCUCACUGGUGGAAAGAAAACCGCUUUCCUGUUAGCCAAGGCAUGGAGCUUCAUAAGGGUAUCCGGAACAAUCCGAUUUAUGCCAGGCUCUGAAGGACGCUGGAACAAAGGCACAGAGUGGUCUAACCGGUUCCGCAGAGGUUCGAGUAGUGCUUGGCAGUCGGCCCAGUGCUGGGUGGGAUGAAGCCAGCCUCCUUUUCCUCUGCGGUGAGUCUUGGGUACAGAAAAUGGGCUUAACUGCCUUUUUUGGCAAGUGAAUAAUUUUCCUUCACUAUCCCGACUCCGUAAAACAGUGGCCA